GAAGUUGGUGAGGCACGGGUGGUCACGUGAAGUCGCAUCAAACGACCUUUCCCCUUUCGAUCACCAACGCGUCCAACCAGCCCCGGCGCAUCUCUUCAACGUCGACUGCCCUUCACAUCCCACCUCCGACCUCCCACGAGGCCCUCACUUCCACUCCUCAUGUCAUGUCUUCGCACAGCCCUGAAACGCUUCGAGUCCACUACUUCUGCGCGUCAUGACCACUUCCUUGCACAAUCCGGCGCGUCUCUCACGGCUUCCCGCUUCCCAAAACACCGCUCCUGUCGCCGAGUUCCGCUGCCUGUUCACUCAUGAUAUCCGCCGCAAGCAAAAACGCUGGCAAGAUGGCUACCUCAAGUUCCAUUCCUUCAACAGCCGCGUUAUGCUAUACGACACCAGCCGCAAUUACGUUGGAGACACAUACUGGAAGGACGCCAACUCCCCGCAAGAAGGAGAUGAAUUGACCCUGGACAAGGGCGUCAUGGUCGAGGUGGCAGAUGCGGUUGGAGUCUCGCAGACGGACCUCACGCCCUUGUUCGAGAAAAGCAGCAAGCCUCCUCAUGGCGAACCUGCACCAGCCACCCGAAAACCGCAGGGCAGCAACCCACCAAAUACUUCCUCCCACUUGCGGCACAAGUCCCUGAGCACGCUGCUGGGAAACCCCAGGGGACCCAUAGGAAAGGCCACACCCAUAAAGUCACCUUACGAGAUUCGAAGAGAGCGGAAGAAAGAGAAUGAGUCGGCUGGGAACAGAACUGCAAAGAGACAAAAGACGACACACAAUCCUGUGCGCCUGCAAACAGGGUCGUCGAGUCCAAUAGUCAAUUUGACUUCGAACACCAAGAACCAUUCGGUAUAUCCACCACGGGCAUUGAACCAAACGUCGUCAGCGGCGGGCGGAGCGGUCCCUAGGGGAUCAACUCCGAUCGUUCUAGACUCCACCUCCUCCGACGUUCCCUUCUCCAGUCCGGAUAUCAAGCCGCAUGCUGCUGAUAUACAAACGUUGCCAAAUACUUCAGUUCCUCCGCAGUCGCUGAUGCGUAACGGAGUAUCAACUGAGAAGACGCCGAGGAUCCCCAAGGGACGGAUACGCCUCCCUCAUGCAAGACCAGUGGAGACGCCUCAACCCCCUCUACGAUCAUCAUCUCCGCCAGUCAGUGCCUCGAACCGUGUGUCCAAUGUUGAUUUUGCUCUCCAACCCAUCAAGAAGCGUCAGAAGGAUCCUUCCCCCAAAAGUUCGCCGCAGCGCGAUCCUCGUGCAAAGUCUCUGCGUCUAUCCAGAGGGGUAAAGCGCAGGAUGCUGCUUUGUGAAUUAUCACCACCAUCUAAUAGAGCUCCUCCAAAGCCUAUAGAAACCAUACACUCGAAGGCGAAGGGUGCAAAACCGUCUGACGGGAAGCAAACGGGAUACAGACCUAAGGUGCUAGGAAUUUCGGAGACGAACGUCGAAGCUGCCCAUGCGUCUUCAGAUGAUGACGAACUCAUGCCAACGAACGCUACCCUGUGUCGCAUAUCGUUGGGCUCACCCCAUCAGGAUGAUCAGUCUUUCGACAAAAGGGAAAAAAGCGCGAGUAGAAAGCACGAAUCGGUGGGAGAAAGCAGCCCUUCGUUAUUAUCAUUAUCACCUGCUUUCGAAGAUAUCGACGUCGUUCGAGGAUUGAUGGAGCAGAAAAUGCUACCCAAGGUAUCUCCGAAGCGCCAGCAUUCAGCGAGGGUGAAAUCCCUGCCCGGACCAUCUCCACGGCUAGAAGAGCGAAAUAAGGUCGACGAAGAGGGACCCAACGAGUACGUUUCUCAGAAACUUGCCAACCGACGCACUGCGCGUUCGGCAUCGAAACCCAAGAGAUCCCAAGCCAAACCAGAAACCCCUUGCCGUCCCACAGCAAAUACUUUGGAAUCUGGACCGCAGGAUCCUGGUCAAGUCCGGGAGACCAUCACAAUACCUGAUGAUUCUCCUACAUCGGAACCGUCUCCCCCACCAUCCUCAUUGGAGCAGCCCUCUACCGCUCAAGUACCUAGAGCGGCCCCAGCAGCUCAAACCCGACCUUCUCACUCGCCCACAAAGUCAAAGCCAGCAGCUCCCUUUUCCACAGGGGGGAUCCGAACGAAACAUAAGAAGAAGGAUGGAAACGCGGUUCCCAAUAGACGCAAGGCAAAAAUCGACGCGAAGCGGCCGCAGCGGGAUCAAGAACGACCUACCCCUCUUCACAGGGAAAGCGAUAGUCCAACAGAUCCGCUCUUCGCUGGUGGCAAGAUCGCAACUGGUCCCAUGAAUCCAGGGGCGCAGGCAAAUUCCUCCUGUACAACAGGUCAGAUGGAAGAGGGAAACGCAGCCGGAAACAUCAUCAACCCUAUAGGUUCAAGAUCUGUGGCUAUCGGAAAAUCUCCACUUCGCCGUGUCAAAAGCGCCAACAAUGCGAACAUGCCAGAUACGCGACCAAAUCCACCGAUUCGUAGCACGAGUGAGGACUGGGAGCGCAGAAACAUGGCGAUGCCGCCGCCGCCGCUGCUGCCAGGUGAAGGUUCAGCCGUCGUAGAGAAGCAAGAUGUACCCCAGCAGCAAACGUGUAAGCCGGAAAAAUCGGGCCUGGCAGCAUUGAUUAAGAGAACGGACCCCAGACGUAAGCUCCUGCGGACCACGGGUCUGGAUGUUGAUACUGCCGUAGGUGGCGAGGGAUCGGUCGCGGAUAUGGAGUUACCGAGUCCCGUCGUAGAUAAUGAUGUUGGUCCCUGGAGCACAGAGGCGUUUGACCUGCUAGGCUGGAAGCCGGAGGGAAGGUAGGAUCCAAGAACAGUGGCAAAGAGGGCGCUCUAGAGUUCAUGGCCGAUGUGGGUGGGGCCUUGGAAGACGCAUGAAGAUCGCUGGCGACUACAAGCGUCGCCAUCCGCACUGUUGA